AUGUCUCUACGAAUCACCAAAUUCCUACCCAUCCUCCCCCGCCGCGGCAUCCACAUCUCCCCGCGUCUAUCCAAAAACCCGCAAGACGACACGGGCAAGAUCUUUGGCGGCGGCGUAGGAACCAAGGGCCGCACGGCGGGGGGCGAGGCCCUCAAUGCGACGGCGGAGGGGGCACCGCCGAAGCCGAAGGUGUUUAAUUUUAGUACGACCGGGGCGCCGGGCGAGGAGCAGGGCUUGACCGAGGAGCAGAAGAGGGAGGUGGAGGAGCAUAAUCGGGAGUUUGAGAGGACUCAUGAGGGGGAGCUGCAGGAGGAGGGGAGGGAGAAUAAGGUGCAUUCGAAGUUUUGGAAUGGGAAGGGGAAUGGGAAGAAGGAGGAGGGGCAGAAGGCGAGUUAG